AACCACUGAAUCUAAUAAAAGCGCAAAAUAGAUUGGAGUUGAUAUUAGUUCGAGAGUGACAAUCAUGUAGAAAAAGGAGAGCCUCUUUGAAGUCAAGAGUUGCACAUUGGAAAUAGAUUUCUUUGCUGGAUUGYCUUCUGGAAAUUCAUUACCAUCUUAAUCAGUUUGAUAAAAAGGAAAUUAACUCUGAUAACAUCAAAAAGAGUUGAAAAAGUAGCGAAGAAGGAAAGAAGGCCUAAUUAAGCAAUAAAAGUACAGUAAAGCAUCAACAACGAAUAUAGCAAGAAAUGGAGAAAGACAAGUUAAGAGUACAGGUAUAAUAACAUGAUACUUAUAAAGAGGCUUCAAUGUUGCAGAAAAAAGAGCCUAUUUACUAUGAAUGCACUUAGRAGACUUGGAGUUAUCUGAUCUUGGAACUGGCUAUUACGAAAGCGGAAGCAUUCUACUGACUUUCAAUACCAAAGGAAAUAACAGAAGAUUACCAAAGAGAUAUAUUUAAUCAGUUGCGAGAGUAAAAAAGGAUUGAAAUARAGAGGCAAAUUGGUCAAGAGAACUUCAGSUGAGGGACUGAUUCRAAGAGAACUUUAGUUAGUUUUCAAAAUGUGCGGAAUCUAAAGUAAAAACAGUUUGGUUUUAUUCUCUUAUCAAGAUGUUAGAACUAGUUUCUGGCAUCCAAAAUGGUACCAACAACACAACGUUUUCUGAACCCGGUGGAGCUUCGACAACUUCAUUACCAGUUUGGUACAUCAUUCUCGGUUUUCUUGUCUCGUUUCUUUGYAUUCUUGGCAAUGGAUGUGUUAUCUAUCUCGUAAAGACGCGGUCAUCUCUUCAAUCUGGGAUUAGUAACACAUUCAUUGUGUCUUUAGCCUUUGCAGAUUUACUUGUCGGGAURAUUGUCUUCCCUUCAAAGCUCGCAUGCACGCUUGUUCCYUCGGAUGUAUUACUCCAAAGGGUCUUUUCUGAGUUGUUUUUGUACUGGUCGAUUUAUAACCUCUGUGGGAUGACAAUUGAACGAUUUGUGUUUAUAGUUUUACCUAUGAAACAUCACAUAUAUAUGUCUAGACAAAAGUGUACUACAUUAAUCGCCACGUGUUGGKUAAUACCACUGGUGAACUUUYUACURCAUUUUACUUGGYUGUAUUCAAAGUCRGARGAGACGAAGAAAUUUUGGCUGAAGAAUUUCACCGCCAUUGAGACAAUAUCAAUGGUUGGGGUGCCUGCGCUUGCCCUAGUUGUGCUGUAYUCGAAAAUAUUCACUGUGGCGCAAAGGCAUAGGAAGMUAACAGCGAACCAAAUCGGUAUGGUUUCUUAUAAUACAAAUCYAUCUGGYUCYGAACCAACUGAGAAUGUCCUUGCAGGUUAUCAAGACGUUUCGCUAAGUCAAAAUUCAUGCAAAUCAAAUGCAUCUGACACUCAAUUUGAUAUGCUUUCUUACGAUAACCCAUCAUUUCCUAGUUCUGUUGAGAAUAAGGCAAUAGUUCAAAAUGCUUCAAGUUCAACAUCAUAUAACGACUAUACCCCCGAGCGCAAUAAUCAAUUUGGGAURGUCUCGCACAAUAACCAAUCAAGGACUGGACUAGCUUCUACUGCAGCUUCUUUGGUUAAGGAUCAAAAUGACCUUAAAGAACAAGACGUUUCAAGCCUAAAUUCACACAAACAGUUCUCAUUUGGAACGGAUAAACCACCAAAUAAAAGCCCUAAGAACCCUUAUCAGACUAUAAAUAACCGAAAUGACCAAGAAGUAAACGUUCUGGGCGCAGAUGAUUCGUAUCAAARCAAUAUAACAUCAGUUUCUUUUAAUAAAUCAUUAGCUUCUGGGUCUGUAAUGUCUGAAGUGCAUGCGCUCAAACGUUGCCAUAAUCAAGAAUUGGACCCUGCUGCUUCUGGAUAUGAGAAUAUUGUUGAUGAUAAUGCCCAUGUAGGGGACUUUGACACGGAUAAUUAUCUAAAAUCUACAGAUAUAUUAAAUCAUGUAAAGGACAAAGAAGCGAGUGAUAAUGGCGCUAUAACACCUGGCGAUUCCGCAAACACAGUAAAAUGUCRCAUUAAUGUGAAACUGUCAGAAAACGAAGAMGAAUUGGCAAAGCACGACGAAGAAAAACAGACAGACUGUCAUGUUUUACCUGAUGRAUUCCAUGACAACCGGAAUACCUUUGAAAGAAACCAAAAACCAAACASAAUGAUAACGAAAUUGACAGAAAAAUGUGAAGUAAAUAGCUUUAAACAUGAAUUUAUUGAUCAAGAUUGCCAAAUAGGGAAUGCAAUAGUAGAAAAUAAUGCAAAGGAAUCUGAAAACACAGUAGAUGCUUUCCUAAAAAGCCAGUCAAUGCGGGUUCAUAACUUAAAUGCAGCAUUUAUGAACAGUUUUAGAGUAAAUAAUAAUCAGAAUGGGGUCGAAAGUGUCGCCAUGAMUGGACAAAUACCGUUCCCUGUGCWUAACUGCCAUAAAGUUCUACCCRAAAGGACAGCUGAGCAAAGGAUUCCAAUCCAAUCUAAUCAUGCUUCAGUGCAAAAGCAAUUAGACGAAGAAAAUARUUCAAACAUWGRUGCUAAAAAGACACGUAAAAAYCCAAUCAUUGAUGCUGAAAAUGCUAUGAGCUCAGAUGAACGAUAUUUWGCAUUCUACAGCGCGCUCCACACGGAUCCCAUCAAAGCUAAAAAACAGUCUAUGAAGAAAAGACUUGGGAAAAUAAUACAAAAGAAGAGACGGUCUGGUGCGUCUGUGAUUGGUUUAGUCAUCGCAGCUUUUCUUAUUUGUUGGGGCGUUUCCUUAUAUCGUUCAAUCUGCUUYUAUUUCGAGCUUUGUGGAGUAUCUGAAGCCUUGACUCAAGCUCAGUGGUUACUAUUAUUGCUUAACAGUGCCGUCAACCCUAUUGUUUAUGCAAUGUUGAAAACAGAUCUUAGGAAAGAGUUUACAAAUAUUAUACGAUGCAGGUGAAAUUUGAAACUUUUUUCGCAAUUUCAUUUGACAUUGCGAUUUAUAGUGAGUCAGUACGUUAGUGCACCAAGCGGUCCUA